UGACUCUGAUGUCUCAGUUGCUAUAAAUAUCGUAGACCUACUUAGGAUUCGUAUCAGAGUGAUUGCAGAUUGGAAAAUCAAACUACGACAGGCCUCAGGGUUCACAGAGUUCCCGGAUGUUCUCAAAGCGUGGGAAUUUUCACCUGCUUUUGCACUUGCAGGUCUGCGCUGUAAUCUUUAAGUCUGAGUCCUGUGACCUUCUUUUGCAUGAACAGCUGACAGAAAAGCGCCAAGGUCCUAAAACUGAUAUAUAAAGAGCCCGUGAUGUACAAGUGAGUGCGACUCUGCAGAUUGCCACUCUACUCGAAAGAUGAAAACCCUCCAGGUUCUCCUUCUUGUGGCUUUAAGCCUCUCUCUCUGUGAGUACAGCUUAACCAGCAUGGCGCUUCUGUCUUAUUCACUGUAUUUUUAUACAGGCACCUUUCCCAGUUAAGUAUGAAUUCAUUUCUGAUUGUUCAUUUGUGCUAUUUCAGCCCAGUCCUUGGACUACAAGGCACUCAACCAGUUCAGGAAUAUGAUCCUGUGUGUGAUGCCUGACAGCUGGCCCGUUUUAGACUAUGCAGACUACGGCUGCUUCUGUGGGAAAGGAGGCUCUGGCACACCUGUGGAUGAUCUGGAUAGGUCAUGAUACAAUCUGUCCGCCUCUUACUGCAAUGAGAGUCUAUGAAAAAACACGUUCAUUUCAAACUUGCCUUCUCUGACUUUUUUACCUCAGGUGCUGUCAAGUACAUGAUAAGUGUUACAGUGACGCCAUGCAGCAUUCUGAGUGCUUUCCCAUCCUGGACAACCCUUACACCGAGUUUUACGGCUACGAUUGUGACGAGGCAAACAAGAAGGUCACCUGCACAGGUAAGUGGGCAGAAAUGUUCUGAUUUAUCAUAAACCUUCAGUAAAAGGUGUCUUUCUCCAUUUCCCUCAUCACUAUCUUCUACAUCACUACAUUGAAUUCUGAGAAACUUUUGCUGACCUCUUAAUAAUUCCUCUCUUUUAGCCAACAAUGAUGAAUGUGAGAUGUUCAUCUGUGAGUGUGACAGGAAGGCUGCCGAGUGUUUCGCCAGAUCCCCCUGGAUUCCAGAGCAUGAGCACCUGCCCAGCGACCAGUGUCAAUAAAAAAAUAACAAUCUGGUCUAGAAUUAGGAUUUUACACCUGGAGGUGAUUUUUCUUUGUCUCUUUGUUUGUUUUGAUUUCAAAAAUGAAAAAAAAGUAAAUAUCCUCAGGAACAUGUGGCUAAUAUGAUAAAUCCACACAGGCCCAUCACACUGAAAUAGAAACUGUUUUUGACUGUGUUUGACCUUUAACCACCAUUUAUUCUUCAUCUGUACAGGAGUGUGCCUUUUUGGUCAGUAAUUUCAAAUUUAUCCUUCUUAAAUAAACACAUUCAGCUCUGCUUUUCCUUUUCCAUUUCAUAUUUUGUUCACUGAUAACUGAUCAUUCACACAAUGGUAAUUUACUGUAAACUUACUAUAGGGGGCACUGCAGUCUACCCAAGUUUGGUCUGAGGUGACA